AGUUGACUGUAGCUGAUCGGUUUGGUCGUUGGUUGUCUACGGCAGAACUUGGUAUCAGCUACAGUCUUUACUUUCUUUCAGAAUCUGAUGGCAUCGUUCAGAAACGACAACCCCGGAGUCGUUCUCACGAGCUUCGCUCUCAGCAGAGCUCAAACCGUCCACGGCAGUAUGCCGUCCAAGAACUUUGCGAAACCGAAGGUGCGUCGCCAGUUGGAUUUGCAGUUCUUUUUCGAGGAGUUCAAGCAGAUAAGAGAAGCUAGAGCAGCAGCCGGUGCAGACAGAGAACAAGAGGAAGAGGAAGAAGACACUAAAUUACGUCAAGAGGGAGAAGAGGAAACUCGCUGGUUGAAAGAAGUUGGGCUGAGUUCUUUGGCAUCUUACUUUGAAGAAAACAAGGAAUUGAAUGCCAGUGAUGUGGAUGCAGAAACAUCAAAAAUGCAACUGACUGUACCCCAACAAGCAGCUGUGAGGAGGAGAGUGGAUACCUUGAAUGCAACGAUUCGACGGAAACGACAAAUGCAGAUAGUAGAGGGUGAUGCUAGCGAUCUCAGGCAGAUGUUCUUACUGAGAAAGGAUGAGCAGGAGGAUAAGGAGUGCUCAGGCACUCAACGAAAUCAGUCUGAAGUCACUAUUCAUGUUACCAGUCCUGCAACUAACGAAAGACACAGCCAGCUGUCUCCAGAUGAAGCAGAAGUUGAUGCUGCUGUCAAUGGAUUACCAGAUGUGCCCAUAGAAUCCGUACCAGAAGGACUAACUCGAAUCGAUGAUCUGUCUGUAACUGAUGUUGAGAGUGUGAAGCAAAGGGCAUUGAUGGAGCUAACUGCACUGUUAGAAAGCAACGAUAUUCAAAUGAAAGUUCGUAAAGCUCCGAAACGAAAAUACAGAGAGAGUGGUGUGUUUGGUGUUCCCAUUAUGAUGAUGCUUUCUCGAGAUAGAUUGAUUGAUCCCAUGACGAGAACUCCAUUUUUUGUACAACAGAUCAUUGGAUUCUUAGAAGACAUGGGCAUAAGAGAUGAAGGCAUCUUGAGAGUGCCAGGUGCAAGUGCAAGAGUACGGGUUAUGCAGCAAGAGCUGGAAGGAACCUUUCUUGAAGGGAAAUUUUCAUGGGAUGGUCGACGCACUAAUGAUGCAUCUACAUUACUAAAACAGUUUCUAAGGGACUUACCUUACCCACUACUUACUCAUGAGUAUUUACAUAUCUUUGCUUCAGUUGAAGACAUAGCAGAUUUUGACAAGAAAAUCAAGGCACUCAAUCUAUUGGUAUUGCUGCUUCCACCGGAAAAUCGAGACACUCUCAAGAUGCUGCUAGCUUUUCUGGAUCAUGUUGUAGCACUUGAAGAUCAGAACAAGAUGACACUGAACAAUGUGGCUAUGAUUAUGGCGCCAAACUUGUUUUACACUCGUGGUGGCCGACGGCAAGAUCUCAAAGAGGCACAGAGCGAUUUGAAGAUGGCGGCUUGCACUUGUAAUGUAGUUCGGAUGCUCAUACGAUAUCACAACGUUCUGUGGAUUGUUCCUCAACACAUUAUGGUCAAAAUUCGUGGUCUAAAUGAUGUAGAUCCCGACAAGAGACGUAUUGCUCGUAUGGCUCGUAGAGCUGUACACAGGAAGAAGGGUUCACCGCCACAGAAACGUAUGGAGGAGAAGAAUGGAAUAAGUGAGGCUCCAACACAAGAACGAAAGCUGAACAUUAUUCGUGUUCAGUCUCCGCACUUUUCCAAAGUGAGCAUGUGUGUUGAAUUGACAUCGACGAUGACUGCUGGUGACAUAGUGUCAAAGUACCGUAAGAAGUCAUUUGAAAACAUGGCAUUAAAAGGUGUCGGUCCGAAACAACAUCCAGUUUUUGAGAGACGAAUGAGUUUUGAGAAACCAACUGCAGUUGUGAGCACACCGAAACCACUGGACAAUCACCACUUGUUUGAAGUUGGAGGAAAUAUUGGUGAACGAUGCCUUGAACCAAACGCAAUCAUCACUGAAGUUCUUAAGGUAAAUCCAAAUGCAGAAUGGGUCAUCAAACAAAGAGAACUCGAUUUGUAAUGUAAAUCCUUUUCUAUUUAUUUUCCCACGUUCAAUAAUGAAAAUCACUACUUUUGCUCUUGUGUAAUACGUACUGUAUAAGUUUGAACUGCUGCCUUUGCAGUAUUACGGAUAAACAGCUGGUCAUCAUGUACUACCCAAUUUAGUUUAAUUUUUGUAAAUUAUGGUGCAUUCAGGGUAGAGCUUGCCUCAUGCAUACACCGACGUAAUGGAUUUGAAAUGGUAACGGGUCAUCUUUUCAUAUUUACAAAUUUAAUUAAAAUGUGUGUGUGUGUGUGUGCAUCCACUCUGUUUGCUCUGUUUCUUGCUGCAAUGCUAAAUGAAAUGAAUGGUCGAGCUG